AGUCUUUCCAUAUGGGGAUGGGGAAGCCUUGGUGUUGUGCUCUUUCUAGUAACUUUUGGACCCUUUGCUAUAUUUUACUUUGCAUUUUAUAUCCUCUGCUUUGUGGGUGGGGGUUUUGUGGUUACUCUCUUAUUUGGAAAAACAAAUUCAGAAAAGUACCUUGAACAGUGUGAACACACAUUUCUUCCUCCUACAUCUGUUGGGAUUUUUAAGUGUACAGAAGAAAUGAAAUGUGAAGCCAGGCCUAUUAAGAUUGACAGAAGAUUGACAGGUGCCAAUAUAAUUGAUGAACCUUUGCAACAAGUAAUCCAGUUUUCAUUGAGGGACUAUGUCCAGUACUGGUAUUAUACACUAAGUGAUGAUGAAUCCUUUCUUCUUGAGAUCAGGCAGGCUCUUCAAAAUGCACUUAUUCAGUUUUCUACAAGGUCAAAAGAAAUGGACUGGCAGCCUUAUUUCACCACACGACUUGUUGAUGAUUUUGCCACUCAUCUUCGAGUAUUCAGAAAAGCUCAACAAAGGAUAACAGAAAAAGAUGAUCAAAUGAAAGGUACAGCAGAAGACCUUGUAGAUACAUUCUUUAAGGUUGAAGUUGAAAUGGAGAAGGAAGUCUGUCGUGAUCUAGUCUGCACUUCUCCCAAAGAUGAAGAAGGAUUCCUAAGGGAUCUAUGUGAGGUGUUACUGUAUUUAUUGCUACCUCCUGGAGACUUCCAGAACAAGAUCAUGCGAUACUUUGUCAGGGAAAUCCUCGCACGAGGAAUUCUUCUUCCAUUAAUAAACCAGCUCAGUGAUCCUGAUUAUAUUAAUCAGUAUGUCAUAUGGAUGAUUCGUGAUUCCAAUUGUAACUAUGAGGCCUUCAUGAAUGUUAUUAAAUUAAGUGACAAUGUAGGGGAGCUGGAAGCGGUAAGAAAUAAGGCUGGAGAAGAACUGCAGUAUCUUCGAUCCUUAGAUACAGCAGGAGAUGAUAUCAAUACUAUAAAAAAUCAAAUAAACAGCUUAUUAUAUGUUGUUAAAGUAUGUGAUUCAAGAAUACAGAGGUUGCAGUCAGGAAAAGAAAUAGAUACUGUGAAACUGGCAGCAAACUUUGGAAAACUUUGCACAGUCCCUCUGGCCAACAUUCUGGUAGACAAUGUUGCACUACAAUUUUUUAUGGAUUACAUGCAGCAGACUGGAGGCCAAGCACAUCUCUUCUUCUGGAUGACAGUGGAAGGGUACAGGGUUACAGCACAGCAACAGCUGGAGGUGUUACUAAGCCGGCAGAGAGAUGGAAAACAUCAGACUAAUCAAACCAAAGGCCUAUUAAGAGCAGCUGCAGUUGGAAUUUAUGAGCAGUACUUAUCAGAGAAGGCAUCUCCAAGAGUUAAUAUUGAUGACUCCUUGGUAGCAAAACUGGCAGAAACAUUGAACCAUGAGGAGCCAACACCUGAAAUCUUCGAUGACAUUCAGAGAAAGGUGUAUGAAUUGAUGCUGCGGGAUGAAAGAUUUUACCCUUCAUUCAAACAAAAUGCUCUGUAUGUGCGCAUGUUAGCUGAACUGGAUAUGCUGAAGGAUCCUAGUUUCAGAGGAUCAGAUGAUGGGGAAGGAGGUAAGGUCAUGAACUAUUACUUUUCCUUUUUAGCUUUGUGUUUCCACUUAAAUAUUGAACAGUCAAGCAAUCAGAAUGUUCAGUCUGACUUUUCAGUCAGAUGGUUCACGGCUCCCAGCCAAUGGGAGCUGCUGGAAGCA